AGCAGCAGCAGCAGCAGCAGCAGCAGCAGCAGCAGCAGCAGCAGCAGCAGCAGCAGCAGCAGCAGCGGACGUUUGGUGUCGAGUUCGAGCAGCAGCUCGAAGGUCUCUGCGUUGAGAAUGAAGACUUGGCCGGCUUGGGAGCCGCAGAGCAGCACGCGGCCGACGCCGCCGAUCUUGCCGCCGCUGCAGCAAGUCAGCGGCUGCUGCGGCUUGCUGCGCUGCAGCAGCAAACCGGAGAAGCUGUAGCGCUCCACGGCCAACGGAGAAGCAACUACGAGGCCCUGCAGCUCGUUGCGGGGCCCCUUGCACACAAACACGCCUAUCACUGGCCCCUGCAGCAGCAGCAGCAGCAGCAGCAGCAGCAGCAGCGGCGGCGGCGGCGGCGCUGCAGCAGCAGGGCGGGGGCGGCGGCAGCAGCGGCAAGAGGGAGCAGCAGCAGCAGCGGGGAGACGCAGCAGCAGCAGCAGCAGCAGCAGCAGCGGGAGGGAACAGCACAGCAGCAGGGAGAAGCAGCAGCAGCAGCAGCGGGAGGGAACAGCAGCAGCAGCAGGGAGAAGCAGCAGCAGCAGCGGGAGGCAACAGCACAGCAGCAGGGAGAAGCAGCAGCAGCAGCAGCAGCAGCAGCAGCAGGGGCUCGGCUCCUGGGCCGAGGGCGCGGGGCUUGGGCGCCCCUCCGCAGGCGCAGGCCUAGCGCCUAG